AUGGGCAAGAAACAGUCAGGAUCAGCUGAGAAAAAGCCUGCGGAAAAGAAAGGUGGAAAUACCAAGAAUGCCGACAAAGGUGACCAAUCCGAGGGCAAAGGAAAGGGUGGUCUGAAGGCCGCAACUGCUGUCAACGUCCGCCAUAUUCUAUGCGAGAAACACUCCAAGGCAACUGAGGCAUUGCAGAAGAUUCAGGAGGGGCAGCGCUUCGACAAGGUAGCGCAGGAAUACUCGGAGGACAAAGCUAAAGCUGGUGGAAGUCUCGGCUGGAUGGUGCGGGGGGGUGCAUUCCAAGAUGCUGCAUUCGCCCUUACCCCAUCGACUGUCGACAAACCCAUUUUGUCGCCUUUAGUCAAGACGAAUUUCGGAUACCACGUCAUCAUGGUAGAGGGCCGUCGAUAAAUUGACAGCCUGUAUACUUCCGUUCGUUGGCUCGAGUAUACAAUUAGCGAACUACUACAACUACUAUAUGUGGGUGAGAUACAAGCUACGGAUAUACGGAUCAGAAAUAACACCUGAAAGUUGCCUGAAAGGACUGCAGUGUAACUACUGAAUCAGAUAGUUAAAGCGUCGAAUCCCCAGCAGACACAGAUGCCAAUUCAUCCAUGUGACUCCCAUGAUAACUGCCGACUUGUACUGUAUUCUAUACAGACAAGCUAAGCGGCACCACAGCCUGCUACC